AAUCACAUCCACUUAUCCGCCUUCUCCAUCCCGUCAUCCCUAAUUUCACAGUUUACAAAGCCUCUAUCGAACGGACUGAUGUUCCUAGAUAGGGAGUAGCUCCGGAAUCCAACAGUUGAGAAAGUCCCUAUCGAGCACCCUAUGAAAUGGGUUCAAUUGAUGCGCCCACUCGAGCUGAGAACGGUGCUGUGAGUCCAGUUCUCAACGGCGCUGCCCAUGGCCAGAUCGCCGGAAACGGAGGUGUCCAGUCCCCCGCGGUGGAAUCCAACGGAGUCUCAACAGAGAACGAGAUCUUGAAAAGGUGGAAGUCGAACAUGCUACCGCUUGAAGUGGGAACGCGUGUGAUGUGCCGCUGGAGAGAUGGCAAGUAUCACCCCGUGAAAGUCAUCGAACGUAGGAAAGUACCCUCAGGCGGAAACAAUGACUACGAAUACUACGUUCACUACACAGAAUUCAAUAGGAGACUCGAUGAAUGGGUUAAGCUUGAACAGCUUAAUCUUGAUUCCGUGGAGACAGUUGUGGAUGAGAAGGUGGAGGACAAGGUGACGAGCUUAAAAAUGACACGCCAUCAAAAGCGUAAAAUUGACGAGACACAAGUAGAGGGUCAUGAAGAACUUGAUGCUGCUAGCCUGCGAGAGCAUGAAGAGUUCACAAAGGUUAAGAAUAUCGCAACAAUUGAACUUGGGCGGUAUGAGAUCGAGACAUGGUAUUUCUCCCCAUUCCCCCCAGAAUACAAUGAUUGUACGAAGCUGUUCUUCUGUGAAUUUUGCCUCAAUUUCAUGAAGCGAAAAGAACAACUUCAGAGGCAUAUGAGAAAAUGUGAUCUGAAGCACCCUCCUGGAGAUGAGAUUUAUCGAAGUGGUACCCUAUCAAUGUUUGAGGUUGAUGGAAAAAAGAAUAAAGUUUAUGGACAGAAUCUUUGCUAUCUGGCCAAGUUAUUUCUUGACCACAAGACCCUCUACUAUGAUGUUGAUCUCUUCCUGUUUUAUGUACUUUGUGAAUGUGAUGAUCGUGGGUGCCAUAUGGUGGGCUAUUUUUCAAAGGAAAAGCAUUCUGAGGAGUCCUAUAAUUUGGCAUGUAUUCUUACUCUGCCACCAUAUCAGAGAAAAGGCUAUGGGAAAUUUUUAAUUGCAUUCUCAUAUGAACUUUCGAAGAAAGAAGGUAAAGUUGGAACUCCAGAAAGACCCCUUUCUGACCUAGGUAUGCUAAGCUACCGAGGAUACUGGACUCGUGUUCUCCUGGACAUAUUGAAAAAGCAUAAAGGCAACAUUUCUAUCAAGGAGCUGAGUGAUAUGACUGCAAUCAAGGCAGAAGACAUUCUAAGCACCCUUCAGGCACUGGAGCUAAUUCAGUACCGCAAGGGGCAGCACGUCAUCUGUGCAGACCCAAAGGUCUUAGAUCGGCAUCUAAAGGCUGCUGGCCGAGGUGGUUUGGAGGUGGACGUUAGCAAACUGAUAUGGACUCCUUAUAAAGAGCAGAGCUGAUUUUCAAAUUACCCACUUCCCUUUUGCACACCUGUCUUUCCUCCUUCCUUUGAAUAUGUGUACAGAAGUCAUGGUAAUUAACAUACAGACUUGGGUCAACAAUGUUAGCUGUAACUUCUAAUUCCACUAUCUGGCCUCAAAUGACAUACGACCUGUGGUAUAUAGUCCCUUCAUCCUAAAUUAUUUUCUCUUUUCGAACGUGUAAAAUGAAUCUUUUUUGUGAAA